GCGAAGCAAAUGAUACUCCGAAAUAUCAAUAUAAGGAAUGAGUAUUUAAGACAAAGGAAAACUGCCCCAGGUUAGUUCCACUUCUUUGUUUUAUUCUCGUUCAGGAUUUUGAGCGAUAUAUUCGCACGAUAGGAAGGCGGGCAACGAGAAAUACCUCGUUGUCCACCAGUGGCGGACACUUCGCGAAAUAUUGAGGGGGCAGGGUCUGAAAUUUAAAUAUUUUCUCAGUAUCCAACUGGGAUACCAAGAUUCAAAGUUUAGUAUCCCCCCUGAGAAUGCAGUAUCCCAUUUCUGGAUACUGGUUACCAUAAGUAUUAUGUUACAAAUUACAAUAACAACAGGAGAUUCAACAGUUAAGUUGUCAACAACUAGACAAUUCAUUAAUCCACAAAAAUGCAAAUUAUAUGAGGAAAGGCUUGGGUGGCAAACUCAUAGUAUUCAAAAGCUAUCAGGAGACUGUCAGAGGUGCUUAACAUUUUCCUAAUGUUUGAAAUUUUCUUAGUAUCCAGUUGGGAUAUAAGUCAAUUCACAGUUUGGUAUCCAAAAUCAAAUUUUAAUAUCCCGUGGAUAUCGGGAUACUGCAAGUUUCAGACCCUAGGGGGGGAUUUAAGUUGCCACCAUAUGACCAUCCUGUCGCUGGAAAUCAUACUUCUUUAUGUAAUAUAUAGCUAAAUAUUUAGCAGUUGCCCCCUCCCUACUCCCUAGUGUUCGCCAGGAUCAAUAGCGAUAUCUGCCCUUCGUACAACUGGCCGCUGACGUACAUUAAUAAGUGUGUAUUGAUGUUUUUAGAGCGUUCCACAUCUCUCUUACCUGAAUAUGCCAUGCCGUACUUAAUUUAUAUGCUAUCCCAUCUUCCAAGUUAUGAUUACACUAAAAGUAAUCACUUGAGAGAAAUCAAAGAGUAAGUUUUUGAUUUGCUUUAACUAUACUAUAUACCGGUGGAAUAAGUUAAACUCAAACGAAAGCAAACCUGCUUCCAGGUCGUUGCGAGGACGUUGACGGGAACAAUGUUUGAAAUUUUCGCUUUAUUGGGUACCAUACUUGGUGUUUUUAUAGUAUAUAUAUAUAACCAUGCAUGGUAAAUAUUGGGGACGAUGCCGCACCUUACGCGUGCUAUGGCUCUGGGUGGUUCCUAACCCUAGAUCUGGACUUUCUCUAAGUGAAAUAGCUGACUCAGCAAAUCAACUGCAAAAGCGUCAGUGUAAGGAAGAUAUUAAUUUUUUUAAAUGUCUAUGAAUGUAGAUACUUGUGGUUUUUCAUGGAAUGCAUCUUGGCUCGAGGUGAUAAUUAUAAUUUCACGAAAAAGCUGGCAGAGAAUAUAAAGCACACAAAAGAUGCAAACGCUGAAGAAACGGACAGUGCUAAUCACGUAUGUAAAUUGACAAUUUUACUCUUAAAACCAAAAGUAAAAAGAAAGUGGUGUGACAAUCAUGCAUUAUAUGACGUUCUGUAGAAGUUAGGGAACCAUGAAACGACGCGCCAUAGUAUAAGGGGCUAACUCCAAAUUCAAAACUUCAAAACGGAGUCGAAUUUAAGAGUUCUAGGCCAACUACAAAGAUCAUGUGAAAUCAGUGGAGCAAAAAAACAUGUGGUGUGCAGUUUGCUGUCUUAACCUUGAGUAAAGUUACUAGCUAAAUACAGUGCCAAAAACAACCUCGUACUCAGGUUCUCAAUCUUCGCCCCUACCUCGCUUGAAUUGAGGGGAAGCCUCGCAGUGCCUCGGAAGGCCGUCUCCAAUUGGAUGGGGGGUUUCUAAAGAACGAAGCAAUUCAUUGUUGUAAAUACAAAAGCAAUUGUCAAAUCGAGCCAUUGAAAAUCACUCUUCCGAGCUACUGCGAGGCUACUCGAAUUGAGACCCUGGUAUCGGCUGGUCACGUGACCCGUCAUAUUUUGGCGGAUUUGCUCAAUUGUUUUAGGGAAAGUAUAGUAAGUAAAUAUUGUAGUAAACAUUAAUAUUGUUAAAAUAACAUUACAAAACAAAGCAUCUCAGUUACAAUCCUUUCCCUAAAAACAAUUGAGCAAAUCCGCCAAAAAUGACGGGUCACGUGACCAGCCGAUACCAGGGUCCCAAUACAAGCGAGGUCGGAGCGAAGAUUGAGAGCCUGGGUACGAGGUUGUGCCAAAAAAUGAAAUAAAGUGCAAAUUUCAUUGACUAUAUAUAAGAUGCAGCCAUUUCUAGCAGAAAAUAAUACAAAAAACCCAAACAUUUACAAGUGACAAAAAUGGCUGGCGUUUUUGGUAGAUUUUCUAUUAUUAACUAUUUCGCAUAUGACCUAUACGUACGCAUGUGACUGCAUAAUUUUUUCAUGUAUAUUAUUAAUAAGUAACAGUAUGGUUUCUCGUGCAAUUUGGAAAAACAUACACUCGUGAGUUUUUCAAAAACUUCAAAUUGCACUCUUCCUUCCGACUCCUGCAAUUUUGAUCGUCUUUGAAAAACUCAUGUUUUCGUGCAUGUUUUUCCCAAAUUGCAAGAGAAACCAUACCAUUACCUAUACAUAUAUACAGAUUCAUCACACGCAUUGCUAACAAUAAAGGCCGGCCUUAAAUAGUUUUCUGCAUUGCAAAGUAUACCUUUCCGCAUGACGUGCGUGUAUAAUGCCUAGAGUGAUUUGAUUGGCUGUUGCAAAGUUCGGACAAAGAAAAUUAACUAAUCAGAUUAGUCGUUUACAACGACCACGUGACCAUUGGCUAUGUGCGUUAAUUAUUAACCGUAUUACUUAUUCGAAAACUAUUUAUUCUACCUUGUUGAAAAAUGUUUAAUUUGUUUUCUUGAUUGCAGGCAAUUUAUGUUGUAUGUGAUAUUGUUAUUGGAAUAAUCCUGGGUUUUUCAAAGGUCAGUGUUCAAUGUUCCAAUAUCUUUUCAUUGUUUUUGGAAUGAUCCAAUUGAUUUGAAAAUCCCAUUGUUUUCCCUGCCAGCCAGCCACUCAUUGUUUUGACAUCUGUGUCAGCCCUUAUCGUUUCUGAGACACAGGGCAAAUUAUUCAACGUUUUAACAAAUGGUUUCUGAGAUUUAUGUAGAGAACGUGUUUUGCAAUGCAAUAUCGCGUAGACAGUGUAUAAUAGCCACCGCAUAACGUUUCAUUGUUACAAUCUGCGGUUGGAUUCUCUAUAAAUUUGGGCACCUGUUUUGGACUGUCUGAACUUUUUGGUGGUUUGGGUUGGGGGGGAGGGGGUUGAUACCGCAGUGUAACCUUGCAUACAUUGGUUCGACUCCUACAAUAUGCAGAUUACAGUUGCUUGCAUACCUGUCGCAUAUGAUGAGACUGCAUAGUAUAAACGGUUUCUUCCUGUAGCAAAGCUGGACUCUAUAGGUAGGACAUAGCUACUCUAUAGGUAGGACAUAGCUAUCUUAUCUAGUUAGUGUUAGUGUAGUUUAACAUGCCCGGAAGAAGAUAUUGUAUGUAAGUACAAGAAAGAAGGUGCAUGGUACUGUAAAUGUCGUAUAUUAAGUGACAACAAACAAGUAUACUACGUUUUUACUUUUACUCCAGUCUUCGUUGUUGUUACAGAUACUCUAUUGUUCUAAUUCGGCAGUUCUCUUACAAAAUUAAUUUAAAUUAUUAUUUAAUUUUUGUAGACGCGGACCUUUUUACUCAAAGAUUAUCCUGCUCACAUUGUGUUACCCAAGAAAUUGUAUGCUCCACUUGAAAAGG